AAAGAAUGACAGAUUGAUAUCAGUUAUCAUUUAGAAUGAAUCCUCCAAGGUAUUUAGACCAGUGCCUUGAAGGAUUAAUGUCCAAUCAUCCGUAACACACAGCACCGAUAAGAUAACAUCCGUUCCCGAAAAGACGAACUCCCUUCUAACAGCAUUCCAAAAUGGAUCGUUGGACUGGCCGGGUGGCCGUCGUUACCGGUGCCAGCUCCGGUAUUGGUGCGGCCGUAGUGAAAGCGCUCGCCAACGCGGGCAUGAUCGUGAUCGGUCUGGCACGGCGUGUCGAACGGGUGGAGGAACUGCGCCAACAGCUCUCCGAACAGGCCGCCCAACGGCUGCACGCGAUCCGGUGUGAUGUAACGCGGGAAGAAGAUAUAGUGGCCGCUUUUGACCAAAUCGAGCAGCAUUACGGUGGUGUUGAUGUGCUGAUCAACAAUGCUGGCAUUGCGCGAGGUGGAAUCAAUCUGUUCACACCGGGCAAUGCCGAUCCGCUGCGCCAGGUACUCGAUACGAACGUAAUGGGUGUGGUGCUGUGCAGCCGGGAAGCGUUCCAAUCGAUGAAGCGCCGCUCGGUCGAUGGACACAUCGUGCAGGUGAACAGUGUGGUAGGGCAUACGGUGCCCGCGUUCGCUAGCUUCAACAUCUAUCCGGCAUCCAAGUUUGCGGUGACGGCGCUGACGGAAUCGAUGCGCCAUGAGUUGCGGAUAGAGGGAACGCGCAUCAAAGUGACGAGCAUUAGUCCGGGAUUGGUCAGGACGGAGGCGGUCCCUAGUGAGCUGAAAACGGGCCAGACGCCAAUACUGGAACCGGAGGAUAUUGCGGAUGCCGUGCUGUACGUGCUGGGCACCCCGCCGGGGGUACAGGUCCAUGAGCUUACCAUUAGACCCGUUGGUGAAAUGAUGUGAAAUGAAACGUACAACGCUUCUAAAUGUGACCAUGCAAAAGUCAACUGGGUACUGCUAUUUUCUUCCGGCCCUAUAGUCAUCUUCUUAAGUUUUGAUGUCCAUCGGAAACCACGGGAAACCCUGUAAUAAAGUCAUUCACAGCUCUUUCCCUUAUCAGUCUGUUUCUGCCCCACCCCUGCGCUUUUGGUAGUGAUGACAAAAGGAACGGAACAAAUCUACCAGGUUUAUUGAACCUUUUGCAAGUGAUUAAAUAAAAA